AUGGCCUAUGACCGCUACAUUGCCAUCUGCAAACCCCUGCACUAUGGGACACUCAUGGACAGCAGAGCUUUUGUCAUCAUGGUAGCAGCUGCCUGGGGCAGUGGCUUUUUCAAUGCCAUGCUGCACACUGCCAAUACAUUUUCCCUCCCCCUCUGCCAAGGCAAUGAACUGGACAAGUUCUUUUGUGAUAUUCCCCAGAUCCUCAAGCUCUCCUGCUCAGAUUGCCACCUUGCGGAGUUUGGGCUUCUUGUGGUUAGUGUCUGUCUAGCUUUUGGGUGUUUUAUUUUUAUUCUUUUCUCAUACGUGCAGAUCAUCAGGGCUGUGCUGAGGAUGCCCUCAGAGCAGGGACAGCACAAAGCUUUUUCCACAUGCUUCCCUCACCUGGCUGUUGUCUCCAUCUUUUCCAGCACUAGGAAGUUUGCCUACCUGAAGCCCCCUUCCAUCUCCUCUCCAUCCCUGGACCUGGUGGUUACAGUUCUGUACUCGGUGGUGCCUCCAGCA